AUGUCUGGACUCAACGACACGAAAAAGCGGCUAGCCCUGAGCAUAAUCGACUACCUCUCACAAUCAAGUAAAGACGGCACACUCUCAGCAGACGACAAUGAGAACAUAGAAGUUGCCAUUUCAUGCAUAGCAGAUGCCUUCAAAGUCGAUCAGAAUGACCAAGCGGCAGUCAAAGCCGCAGUAGGCUCACAGUCUCUGCUCAAGAUCUUCAGUGUUUACGAGACGAUGUCUGGUAAAGGAACUCCUGCUGCAGCACAAUCGUCUACUGGUUCAGCCUCCUCGAGCACACCGUCGCAGCCUAGCAGUGCACAAUCGUCGAAACCAAGUCCCGAAGCGGAGAAGUUGAAGUCGGCCGGUAAUGCAGCUAUGCAGCAGAAAGACUACAAGACUGCGAUCGAUAAAUAUACAGAAGCAGUUAGGAUGGCGCCUACCAAUCCAAUCUACCUAUCGAACCGAGCCGCAGCCUACAGUGCGUCAGGCGACCAUGCCUCUGCCGUAAAGGACGCCGAAAUAGCUGUCGCAUCCGAUCCCAAAUACACAAAAGCUUGGUCAAGAUUAGGUCUGGCAAGAUUCGCCAUGGGCGACGCUCGUGGUAGCGUCGAAGCAUACGAGAAGGGCAUCGAGUAUGAAGGCAACGGUGGCAGCGACGCAAUGAAGAAAGGUCUCGAGUCAGCUAGACGUGAAUUAGAAAAGAUGGAAGAGGAAGAAGACAACCUAGAAGCCGAUCCAGUCGACGAUGCCGCCGGUUCAACUAGAGAGGGAGCAGGUGCCGGCGCUGGUGCAAGUGGCAUGCCGGACUUAGCGAGCUUGGCUGGUAUGUUUGGUGGUGGUGGUGGUGCAGGAGGAGGCGCCGGCGGCGCCGGCGGCGGCAUGCCAGACUUAAGCUCGAUCAUGCAAAAUCCGAUGAUGAGACAGAUGGCGAACAACCUGAUGCAGAACCCCGAAGCCCUUUCAGGCAUCAUGAACAACCCCAUGUUGAGAAAUAUGAUGAAUCAGAGGCAGCAAGGGACUGGCGCGGGUGGUGGAGGUGGUAUGCCUGACAUGAGUCAGAUUCAGCAGAUGAUGAGUGAUCCUGCUAUUGCCAAUCUUGCGAAUCAGUUCAUGGGUGGUAUGGGUGGUGCUGGGCGAGGACGAGGUCAGGGCCAGUAA